AUUCACUUUUUUUUUUCUCUAUAGUUUUUUUUUUACAUGGAAUUUUAGUUUUUAUAAAGUUUUCGUUACAAAUAUGAUUUUCCAUCUAAAGUUGAAUAAUUUUUUAUUUGACUGUUUAUAAAUUAAAAUUUUGCUGGACAAAAAUUGAACUGGCAAAAUCAUAAGUAACAAAAAUAGACAAUUCUUUGAACAUUUGCCCCGCUAGAAAAGUAAGCUAGAUUUCAAUUGAAGUACUUUGGAGUGAUUUCUCCGAAGAUGAAGCUGGCAUUGUAAGUCAAAAAAGUCUUUUUUAUUUUUUAUUUCUUUAGUUUCCUUUCCGGCCAAAAAAGUAACCUGUUUCUCCCUUUCGGCGAAAUUUUUAAUCACAGUGAUAAAGGCAAAAAUGGAAGCUCUCUCUUUGUUAUCGGUGGAUGAAUGCAAACCUCGCUCUCUUUCUUGAGAAAGAAUACGAUGGCCAUGCUCAACCAAAUACUGAGAUGGCUGAAGAAACCAAAGGUGCUGAGACUUGUAUGUCUUGCUUCAUCUGUUGUUGGAUUGGUCUGUCAUGCACUCUGUUCCUCUUUCAACCAUUUACUGGGAAACUGGAGCCGCUGGAAGAUGCUUCUUUACAUUGCUUUCAGCUUCAUCAUUUGCCUUGCCGUCUUGUUCGCACCGGCAAGGGUAAACCAGAUGGAUACAGCGUGGUCUCCUUUGCUGCUUUUGCUACCAUGUCACUUGGCUUGUCAGAUCUUACUCAAUUUGGAUUCCAGAUCGAUCUACUAUAUUUUUUCUGCGGAGGUCUACUAGUACAACUCAUGAAGAUCAAAUUGUGGUUAGUCACUGUUGGAGGGGGUUUCACUUAUUCCCUCCUCCAGCUUCGUUACUAUCCGAGCGACUCAAACGGAGAGAACCUUCGGCUCGAGAACCACAAUCAAGUAAUCAUUCAAGUUAAUGAUUCAGGGAGUGUACCUACAAGUCAUGAACAAGCUGAUUUUGACGGUGCUUUUGGUACCUCAUCAGAACAUCGAAGAAGCAUGUCACAAGAAGCUAAUGUUGAUGUUGACAGUGCUCUUGCUACCUCACCAGAACAUCGAAGAAGCAUGUCACAAGAAGCUGAGGUUGAUGUUGACAGUGUUCUUGGUACCUCACCAGAACAUCGAAGAAGGAUGUCCCAAGAAGCUAAUGCUGAUGUUGACAGUAAUCUUCGUAUCUCACCAGAAGAUGGGGAUCUUGGAUUCCAAGACCAUCCACUCACUCAAAGCAAUUCACCUUCACAAGAUGAAAGCGUUGAUGAUGGGCUUAUCAUCCAACAACAGCUUAUGAAUUGUAUAAAGGAACUUGAGAAGGAGAAUAAGAUGCUUGUUCCCUUUGUUUGCAGUCAUGUUGACAAAUACCUUAAAGCCGUAUUUGGCUCCAAAGAAGAACCGUAUGCUGAUGUCAACAUGGUUUUGCAUGCACUUCCAACGGAAAUUAUGAGGCGCCUAAAGGAAAUCGUGAAGCUGACGGUAGAUGCAGGUUUCGCGGGGGAAUGCAGCGACAUUUACAGUACAUGGCGAAGAACGUUUGUAGAACAGUGUCUACGAAAACUUCGUCUGGAAUUUCAAACGUCCAACAAUAAGGACGUUACGAAGUGGUCAAAAACCUGCAAGGCAGUUUGUAAGAUAUUUUUUCCCAAUGAAAGAAGACUCUGCGAUUACCUCUUUUCAGGUUUAUCUGUCGCUGGGGAUGUCUCCUUCGAGAAGGUUUGCAAGAGAGUGACGAUUGUUCUACUGGAAUUUACCCAUAUCACCAUAACAACUAAGAACUAUUCGAGGAAUCUUUUGUUCAACAUCGUCCCUAAAAUGUUGGAGUCAUUGGGCGAGCUGGAACCGAAUUUCAUCCCUUGUAACAAUUUGUCGUUCGUACCUGACCUUGGAGACAUUCAGCAAUUAUUGGCUAUGGUAAACAACUUUAGGGAUAUUAUUUACCCUGGUAAUGUGCAGGCACCUGUUACCCACAAAGAGAUUCAUCUCUUUACUAAGGAAUCAAUGAACUACAUCUGUAGAAGUUGUGUAGUUUGGACAAAGGGGAGGGCUGGCCAAUCUGACCGCGUCGGUAAUUCUUCAUUUUGGGUGGUGAUAGGAAGGAUGGUUGAUUUGCUAGAGAGCGAGUUGGAAGCCAUUUCUAAAGACUUCUACGCUGGCAAUAAAGAUCACUAUCUUUUUAUGGUCAGUUGUCUCUGCUACAUAUCAGAAAGGACGCAUGAUUUCAAAAUGGACAAUGAAUGGUUUCAACAACGCAGAGCAAAGGUCACCCGAAACUUGGAAUUGUAUGCAGAAAGUUUGCUGAAUGAGGAGAUCUCAGAGAAUAAAAAACAUUUCGAUUCGAUUAUGCGUUCGUAUAUUCCAGCGAUGCAUCCGGAAGACAAGAAAACUGUAUGAAGUUUGCAAGAAUUGGAAUACAAAAUUACAGUCUCACGAGUAUCCUAUAAAAUGCGUUUUAUUGUGUUUAUUGUAAUGUAAUUAAAAAUUUGAUCCUAUAUUUAUUGUGUUUAUUUAAUUUGAUUUUUUUUAAAAUUCAAUUUUCAUUAUAUUUAAAG